UGACAGGGAUCAUUUUCAUCCUCGUUUGCAUUUCACGUCCUACUCUUGACAUUUUUGGACACUUUUUUCUCUAACCUCCUUUUGCUCUUCUUUUUCUAUAACCGUUGGACGAAUUAAGGUAUUUGAGCCGCAGGAAGAUCGAUCGCGGUGUCUUAGAUCAAAAUGUGGUUGAAGGUUUCAUCGAAUUUCCAUCGGUCGAAGAAGCCGGUAAUUGGAACUCCUACUUUGGUCGGAAAGACCUUGGAUGAUAAUGAAUACCAGUCCUUUCCUCUUGUUUCUGGUGCGCAGAAAGAAAACAAGUAUCAUGCAAAAACUUUACCAACCCCGCCGAAGAACCCUUUGGAUCCGCGUCGGUCGGACACGGUUGGGAUUGCAGGGAGUUCAUAUUCGCAAGAUUCUAUGGCAGACAGCCGACGUAAACCCUCAAUCAGUUUGACGCAAUACCUCCCUCAGGACUCCAACACUCCCGGGCGAACGGACAGUAUUUCAAUCUCACCUCCCGACUCGCCGGUUUUCCUUGGCCAUGGACCUGCUAGUUUGGGCAGCUCUCGAGUCUCAUCCCUAGAGGACGAAUUCGACGAGUACUUCGGGGGUGGACAAGCGGAGAAAACAUUCACCAGCCACAUACCGGUUUUGUGCAAACACCCAGUUAAUCAACAAGAAGAUCCAACACCUUCGUUCACGCGACCUGCUACCGGAUGGGAUACGUUCUCCCGUGAGCCGAAGAACAUGGACACAUUUGCGCACGCGGCUCCUGGGUGCACGUUCGAAACGCACAUAAGCUCCGAUGCUAGACCUAUAGAGUCUCGUAGUUCGGACGUUCUCAACUGGGGGAGAGAGCAGAAAAGAAAGCUCUCAGGAGCCCGUAGCCGGCCAAAAGAAAGUGACCUCUUCCUUCCACCCAACACACGAGUGCCUUGGAAAGGUGCCAGUGGAAGAUCUCCGAUAGUGGAACCUUUGCAGGAAAAGCCAAGAGCCAGGUCUUCAUCUCGUGUGCACUUGUCGAGGAGUUCCUCUCGGUUAAGAAGUCGAGAGAGCCCAUCUCCCAGUGGCGCAUAUCUUGGUGAUUUUCCUUCAGUUGUCACGACUAUCACGGGUGGUGAAGUAAACACGAAGUUUCCGGAGAUGUAUGCGCCAAGCAAGAAUAUCCACCGAACAGUGUUUGAGGAGCCGACCCCUCCUGCGACUAGCGCCAGCAGCCGUGCUCCGCCACGCGUCAAUCUACCGGAGCCUGAUUUCACCAAUACCCUUGCUGACUUAAAACUCACCAACGAAGAUGACUUCGGUCUGCCUUUGAGCCGUUUCAGUGUAACUACCUACGAGCCUACAGAAGCAGGUAGUUCCACCGCAACAGGAAGUCCGCGAGGGAGUAUCGACGCUGCUUCCCAGUCUACCGAGUAUCAACCUUCCAUCAUGUCUAGAAAACGUCCCGUUCCCAGCGCGGUAGCUCCGUUACGGAAGCCCACCCCGUCUCAAACAACGAACGAACUUUUGCCUUGUACCCCAAAGCAACAAACCCAAAAUCGCAUCGAAAUGUUGGAAGCAAGGAGAGACUACCUUACACGCCGCAAAGCAAGCAUCAAUACCAUGAUUUACGAGUUGACGCAAGUCAUCCAGCCCAGUCCCAUUGCUUACGAUCUGGCCGCAAGGGACGAGGUCAAGAAAACGGUCGCCAGCUUGAACAACGAGCUGGCUGAUAUUAAUAAAGAAGAACACGAGAUUGGCAUGAAAUUAUUCCGAGCAUGGAGGAAGCGUGACGAACAGGAAUGCUAUGGUGGCAGCAGUGGCUUAUGGGUUAAACGAGUGACCAGCUGAAGGGCGAUUCUCUAGGCUUUUUGACAUUCUUUUCCUUCCCCUAUUAUUUCCCAUCAUCUUUCUCCUCGACAUAUUUCGCUUUAAAGCCUUUUUAAUUUGUUGACAUUUUUCUUCCUUCCUCUCCCUUUCUACACUGAGUUCUCUUUUCCUGUCGUUCAAAAUCUAUUGGCCAAGCCUUUCCCUUCUAGCGUUGCAUAUACCCUAAAUGAGCGUUUUACAAAAGAAAAAAAAUG